CUACAUUGCUUUUGGAUGAGAGGAGUAGUGCUAGUAUCAAACUAGCCCCAGAUAAGUAUUACUGGUUAUCACCACCAGGGGCGGACUGACAACUCAUGGGGCCCCCGGGCAAUAGGGGAUCAUGGGGCCCCUGUGUCCUUGCCUAAACUCAAAAAAGCCUAUGAAAAAGGUACCAGGGGCAUUUCAUGGGGCCCUCUACAGACCCCGGGCCCUCGGGCAGUGCCCGAGUUUCCAAAUGGUCAGUCCGCCCCUGCUUACCACAUGACCCAGUGAUAACACACUGGUUACCAGUAGAAAUGUUGUGGAACAUACGGGAAAGAGCACCAACAUGUGGCAUUUUGGGAUAGUCCCAAUUAAAGCG